UAGCAACGCGUUAACGGAAAAGGAGAAACUACAGAGCAACGUUUAUAGUUUUAAACACUGAAAAAACGAAAAUAAUAUAAUUUAUUGCUUAUAAAAUCUCGUUAUUUUUUAAAGUAGUGAUAAAAUGUUGGCUAAAAACAGGAUUUCAGUUGGUGAGCCUGAAACCACAUCGACUCCAGCAGAGGAAGAGCCUGAAGGAUCGGACAAUAAACCCGAGACUCAGCAGCAGUCUGGGGGGGCAUCACAGGAGCUUCCUGCAGACAUGUACUACAACUACGAGAAGCUGUGCUCCAGAGCCACCGUCACACCCGACUCUGAAAUCCCACAGAACCUUUUAAUCCUCUCUCACUCGUUUGGAUACGACAGCCGUCGCAGGUCCAACCUGAAGCUGCUGGACGAGUCCACGCUGAUGUUCAUAGCAGGGAACCUGCUGGUCCUGCUGGACGUUUCCACCAGGAAGCAGAGAUACCUGCGCUCCUUCAGCGGAGGAGGAAUCGGCGCCAUGGCGGUGCACCCGACCAGAGAGUUCUUCUGUGUGGCAGAAAAAGGAGCCCAGCCCAACAUUGUGGUCUAUGAAUAUCCCUCACUAAGACCUUACCGCCUCCUCAGAGGUGGAACAGAGAGCGAGUACAAGUCUGUGGACUUUAACCUGGAUGGGAGCCUGUUGGCCAGCGCGGGCGGGGCCCCGGACCACAGGCUGACUCUGUGGAAAUGGAGGCAGGAGAAGGUGAUGCUGGUCUCAGAGGCCAUGUUCCAGGAGAUCUACAGGGUCAGCUUUUCCCCGUACAACCCGGCUCUGCUCGUCUCGUCUGGAUCGGGGCACAUCAAGUUUUGGAAAAUGGCCACCACCUUCACAGUGGUCAAACUCCAGGGAGUCAUCGGGAACUUUGGGAAAACUGCAGCGACUGACAUCGAGGGCUACGUGGAGCUUCCAGAUGGGAAGGUGGUGUCGGGCACGGGGUGGGGCAACCUGCUGCUGUGGGAGCGCAGCACGAUCUGGGCGGAGAUAUGUCGGAAAGAGGGGGGGAAGUGCCACGCUGGGACGGUGCAGCUUUUCACCCUGGAAGAUGGACAGCUGAUGACGUUUGGUUCUGAUGGAGCCAUCCGGGCCUGGGACUCUGAGCUGAUCAACAGCGCCGACAUCAAUGGAGACAGCGGCACCUUCGAGAUGGAACCCAUUAACGAGUUGGUGGUCGGACACAACGUUUGCCUUGUUUCUGUGGUCAGGAGCGCCCAGCUGGACUCCAUCUACUUCGCUCAGGAUUCUAACGGAGCCAUUUGGAAACUGGACCUGUCUUUCAGCGCCACGGCUGCAGAUCCAGAGUGUCUGUUCUCCUUCCACUCCGGCGCCAUCCAGGGCCUGGACGUGUCAAAGAAGUCCCACCUGAUGGCCACAACCACCCUGGACCGUUCUGUCAGAGUCUUUGAUUUCUUAUCUCAACGGGAGCUCAUAGCGACCCGCUUCAAUCAGGGCGGAACUGCGCUCAGCUGGGCUCCACCUCUGGUCAGCCAGAGCGGAGGUCUACUGGUGACAGGCUUCGAGGACGGAGUGGUCCGUUUGCUGGAGCUCUAUGACCCCCAGAAGCUGGGGGGAGCCACGGAUCGGAGCCCCCACGCCGAAGCCGCGCUGCGCCUCAGACAGGCCUUCAAACCUCACAGCGCCGCGGUCACCGCCGUGGCGUUCGAUCGGAGCGGAGAGAUCCUGGCCACUGGGAGCUCAGACUGCACCAUUUUCUUCUUCGCGGUCGGGGAGAAGUACAGCCCCGUCGGCUUUGUCCGCGUACCCGGCCCCGUCAGAGCGCUGGAGUGGUCUCCUCACUCCCACAGAGAGAACAGGUUGCUCAUCCUGUGCGGCAGCGGCGACGUGGUUGAGGUUCCCGGUCCCGACGCAGGAGCUCCGAAGUCGUCCAAAACCUUCGAGCUCCACCAUCUGCCAAGGAGGUCCUUCAGGUUCAGGAGCAUCAAAUCCCGAAUAAAGAGAGAAGAGGAAAUCACGAGACGUGAAGCAGUGAAGAAGAAGAAGGAGGAGGAGAAAGAGCUUCCUCCCAUUCACAUCCCAAAUCCUCCAAGUCCUCUGUGCUGCGGCUUCUACUCUCAGCCUGGACAGUUUUGGCUCUCAAUGGGAGGCUUUGACGCCGGUUUCCUGUAUCACUGUAAACUGUCCGAGCAUCAGGAAGACGAUCCUUUGCAGCGUCAGGACGAGCCCUUCGCUUUCAGACAUGUGAACGAGGCAGAUGACGAUCCUAUUUGCUUCAUGACUUUCAGCUCCAACAGGCAGCUGCUGCUCUGCGGCAUGCAGUCCGGCUCCAUCAGGGCUUACCCUCUGCAGCCUGAAGACCACAGCCUCACCUCCAUGCAGGCUUACUGGGCCCUGAGCAUUCACGACAACCAAUAUGGACACGUCAGCCACGUCCGCUGCAGCGUGGACGAUCUGUUUGUGCUGACGGGCGGAGGCGACGGAAACAUCUUCUGCUUCUGUCUGCUUUCUCCAGAGGAGCAAAAGGAAACCCUGGAGAGAAAAGCGCAGAUUCCUUCACCACGGGUGGGUCUGGAAGAUGAGCCAUUGGCUCUGGACAUCGAGGACCCGACAGCUUACAGCCUUGAAGAGGCCAAACAGGAGGCGAAGAGAGACGACCAACGGCGGGCGGCUGAGCUGAAGGAGGCAGAGAGGCAGAGACAGCUGGCGGAGCUGCAGAGGAGAUACAAGAAGGUCCUGAGCGUCAACCAGAGUCUGGCUGAGCACAUCUGGCUGAAAGCACAGGAACUCCUCCUGGACCCCUGCUUCUACAAACUGGAAGAGAAGAAGUCUAUGAAAGUGAUGGAGGUUCAGAAGCAGAUGGCCGGGGAACAGGAGCGCCACAGCAUCACAAAGCUGCAGGAAUGGUUUAAAGGCUCCCUGCCGACAGAGACUGUCUCUGUAGUCGGGAUAAUCAGCGACCACAGGGUCUCCAACUACAGUUUAUCAGAGUUUCGCUCAGAAAACGAACCUCCAAUCAGAACCGAGCCCGACGGAGGCGAAGAAGCUGCUGAAGAAAAGAGAAAACCUGUAAACCAGCCUUCGCCGGAAGGCCACCAAUCAGAAGUGGAGACCAUGCUGCUGCCCGCUGUGGUUCCCAAAGCCAGGAUCAAACUGGCAGACAGGCAGGAACAGAAGCUCCGACAGGCUGCAGAGCAAGCAGAGCAAGCUUGGGCUAACAUAGAGAGGAGGAGGCAGGAAUUGGCCCAAAUUAUUGCAGAGAAGCCGGAGGAGAACGCUACCGACUCACAGGAUGAUCAGGAUAUUGAGGAAGCCAAAGAGGGCAUCCAAUACUUUCUGAAGCCUGAAGAGAUGAGAAAAGAGGCCCAUGAAAAGAAGGAGGGAAUGAACCAGCGGAUCCUGGCCUUGCGGGACGUCAAGGUCCAGCUGGUGGCUCAGGCUCAGCACCUGCAGGAGGUCCAACAGGGGCGUCUGGCCCACCUCUGUCAGACUCCGCCCUGGUGGCCAAAAAUGUUACCAGAAGAAACCCCAGAGAAACAGCUGCAGCUCAGCCAGGCCAGCUUGGAGCGAUACCAGACGCUGAGAGCGCAGAGAAUGGAGUGUGCGGAUCAGGGGGAGCAGGAAGACUAUUUGGAUUCAUUGGAGGAGCUGCAGAGAGAAACGAAGCUAAAGGAGGAGAAGGACAACGUGAGAGAAGAAGAGCGCAGCUCUACGGUUGCUGCAGAAGCCAGAGAUGAUCAGGAGACCCAGGAGGAGCUGACUGAGCUGGAGGAGGAGCAGCAGGAGGAGGAGGACGUCCAGCUGCUGGUUGAACAGAACGCUCUGAUCCAGCAGAUGGAGAUCUUGGUUGGCCGAUUUGAGGAGGAGCUGCUUCAGCUGCUUUGCCACAAGCUGCAUCUGGACAACUGGCUGAAAUGGACCGACCUGCAGCUGCUCAUGCUCCUCCAGGAGAGACGGCUUCUCCAGCCGCUUCAGGAGGAGGAAAAAACGCUGCAGGAGAAAAUCAACAGUUUCACUCAGGAGGAGAACAACCUCACGCCUAAGCUGGAGGAGAACAAGGAGCUGCUUGAGCUGAAGAGGAGCAGGAUCACCAAGCUAAAGGAGACAAAGGAGGCUCUGACGUCAGAAUUUAAGGCCUCCCUGGGCGAGGCUCACCUCUUCCGAGAUUUCCUGAUCUCAGUCUUCAGAAAGAAGGUCCAAAAAGAGGAGGAGAAGGAGGGAGAUGAAGGAGAAGAAGAAAAUGAUGAAGAUGACGAUAGUGACUGGGGUGAUUAUGGCGAUGAUGAUGAUGAUGAUGACGAUGACAGCGACUCUAUGGAUGACGGCCUUUGUCCUAAAGGCUGCAAUCUGCAGCUGUUUGAAAACACGCUGCAACUGCGUCAGCGCCUCCUGGACGUGAAGCAGCAGCUGGCAGAGGAGGAAAGGGCCGCUGCUGCUCUGAAGAAGGAGACCAACCUUCUAAUGCGGAAGGCCAGUGAGAUAAAGAGGCAACGGCAGGAGGGGGCAGACAGACUGGAAUUACUCGGCAAUGAGAAGAAGCAGAAAAUCAAAGACCUGGAUAUGAUGGUUCCUUUAAAACUGAAACAGAUUAAAUUCCUGUCCGAUGGCUCUAUACCUUCGGAUCUGAGCGAGGCGUUGGUGCUGGACCGGACCAGGCAGCCGCUGGAGGUGGAGAACAUCCAGCUGAAAGAUCAGCAGCAUCAGGCUCAACAGGAGCAAAAAAGGCUGAUCGUUGACCGCAGGGACAUGAUCGCCUGCAUCAAAGAGCUGGAGGUGCAGUGCAACGAGUUGCAGAUGGGGAGGUUUGGGAAACCGGUGGAUGUGGAAACUCUGCAGAUGCUGACAGGGUGCAGGAGGGAGGAGGAGCUCAAACAGGAGAAGCUGCUCCUAGAAGCAGCUCAGGCCGAGGAGAUGAAACUCUGGGAUGAGAAGUUUGAGGAGGCAAUGGAGGCUUUAUCAGCAUUGAUGGAGACCAACGUUGAGCGUCUCUACGGCAUGACGAUCCUGAACGAGCAGCGGAAGGACCUGGAUUUAAGAUUCGACGCCUGACAUGAGGAUGCAGAGCAAUUCCAGGACCAGAGUGAGCAUAUGGAAGAGGAAGUGAUGGAGCAGCUCCAGGAGCUGGUGAACAUAUAAUCAUAGCAGACCCUGAAGGAGAAAACCUGCUGCCCCACACCUGUCCCAUCCUGCUUCAGAUAUCUCAAAUGGCCACGCCCCCCAACACUGGCAGACCCAGGAGGGAGGAGCCUCCAACACCUUUCCAGCAGAUGAAAAAUCCACUGCAGCUAAAGUUACUUCAUUAAAAUUAGAAAUGAACAAAUUGAGAGACGUUGA